UAUGUAAACGAAACGUAGAAUGGAAAUUAAAAACAUAGCAGGAUCGUGGUUGCAACACAAGGUCACGCAAGAUUAGAUGACUGUCAUUUCUGCGUUAGCGUCUGGGGCGUGUGACCAAUCAAAUUGAGCCACACACGUGUUAGACUGAAGAAAAUGGCGACACCAGAAUAUACCUUUGAAGACAAAGAUGAGAAGUUUAUCAAUUUAGUCAGAGAAUAUCCAUGCUUAUGGAACAUGAAACUGAAAGAAUAUAAAGAUGGUCGCCUGAAAGAGAACUCAUGGGAUAUUGUAGCAAAAGAAGUCAAGUUGUCAGUAGCUGAUUGUAAAAAGAAAUGGAAGUCCUUGAGAGAUCGCUAUGUUCGUGAGUGUAAAGGGAUUAGGAGACCAACUGGCACAGGUGGACCACCACCAAAGUCACACUGGUCUUAUUUUACUAUUAUGUCCUUCAUCAAGGAUACAGUGCGUCAUAGAAAAACAGAGAGUAAUAUUCCAGAAUGUGGAGAAGAGGAAGAAUCAGAGAUAAUUCAGGAAGAUCACAGUGAAGAUCAAGUUCUACCAACUAAAGAAACUAACUAUAGCCAAGAAAUUAGCCCCAUCUUUGUUCCUAGUCCAAAUAGUCAAUCACUGAGUAACAUGUCUAGUCCUUCUACAUCUGUGAGUACAUUCAAGUCUCCACUGAAAAAGAAAGCCAAAAAAGAACAGGUUGAUGCAGUAUUUAUAGAAACACUGAAGACAAUAUCUAGUGGAUUUGCAGAUAGUCGUGGUACUCAUGGAGCAACAGGAAAAGAUGUUGAUGAUGACUAUCAUUUCGUUAUGCAAAUAUUGGGCAAUUUGAAACGUCUUGACAAUCCUAAAAGAGCAAUGGCUAAGGUUUAUAUUUUGCAGUACUUAACCAGUAUUGAGUAUGACAUACCAAUUCAACCACCUGUAUCAUCAAUUGACAUUAAUUAAUAACUGUUGUACCAUUAACUAUGACAAGACAUUAUUAUUAUUAUUAUUAAUGGAUUACAUUAGUUAUAACUAUUGUAAAAUAAUAAUGAGUAACAGUGAGAAUCAUUAAUACUUACUAAAUAAUAAUUAGCA